CAGUUGGCACAAGGGCUACCUGCUUAUCUGAGAAAUAACCUAUAUAACCCAGUCCGUUUCUUAUACUGUUCAAUGUCUUAUUCUUUUCUUUGGGCCUGCUGAUUCCAUUCUUUACAGUGGAAAAGUUGUUGCUGUCUCCUUACAGCAUGACUCCACGGGAUCACAUGAGAAAAAUGGCUAUGCUGGGGGAGCAAGGAACACUAGAAGAAAAGCACUUAUACCGAUUAGCGAGUGGCAUGGCAGCAGGAGAACUGCGGCAGCGGCAAGAGAUGCUAAUGAGAAAUCAGCUGAUGGCUGUAAACCCUCAGCUAAUGGGCACAGGGCAGCAGCGAAUGCAGGCAAUUCCCUCGCAGUUUGAGCCUCGGCUGGUAGACAGAGAUCUGUUACCUUCAACUGAAAUGAUAGCAUCAGCCGACCCCAGACAGAUCCACAUAGCUUCCCACCUUGGACCCACGGUGCCGCAGCAUGCAAACAUGCCAAACCUACUGUCCAACCGUGUCUACCCAGGCCCAGGAUAUAGCUUUCUCCAGCCAGAAUCCAUGGAAGCUGUGGCCAGGAGACAGGAAUUGGUUCAAAAACAAAAUAUUGCCAGGAUGGAAAUGGAGAUGAAUGCUAUUUUUCAGCAAAAAGAAAUGGAGAAAGCUCAUCGGAAAGGGUUACUGGGCCUGGAAGCACCUUUCCUUUACCACGGGAUGCCAGCUAGUCCCAUUGCUUUCCGUGGCAGGCAAAGGCUACCUGAAGGCCACCUUCCCAGUGACUUGUAUGUUCAUCGUACCACCCUCGAUGAAAUUCAUGGCAACGCUAUGCUCAUGGCAACCAGCCCAUACCCUCCAGUCAGCAGUUUACAAAAGGAGAGGGGCCGUCGGCCAGGGAGAAGGGCUGGAAAUCACAAAACUGCAGACUGCAAUGCCAAUGGGACAAAGAACCAAGCUGAAGACAAGACUACAGAUCCUGCUUCUGCUGCAGCGGAUGAUGAGAAAGACGACAAGAAAGAAGCAGAGGUGGAGACACCAAACAAGAACGAACAAAGCAAAAACCAGAGUGAGGCAUCUGCAGUUUCCAAAAAUUGUAAAGAGUUUGAACAAGGCUUGAGAAAAAACUGCGCUAGCCAUGAAAUAUCUACUGAAACCAGCAGUUGCAACAACACGAAUGAGAAGGAUUCUAGUAACUCUUGUGCGGCAUUUGAUGACAAGUACAUGUACCAUUCUGCAAUCCCAUUCUCAGCAUUACCAUAUGGAUUCCCAGUACCCAGCAACCCAUUACUACCUUCAGGAGCACAUGGCCUGAUCCUGAAUGGAGAAGACAUUUCUUCCAUUGAAGACAUUCGCAAAUGGACUGUUGACGAUGUCUACAACUUCAUCAUUAGCCUUCCAGGCUGUUCAGAUUAUGCCCAGAUAUUUAAAGACCACGCUAUUGAUGGAGAAACCCUCCCACUGCUAACAGAGGAACAUCUCUUGGACACAAUGGGAUUAAAACUUGGGCCAGCAUUAAAAAUCCGCUCUCAGGUGUCUCGACGUCUGGGCAAUGUGUUCUACAUGAUGAAUCUUCCUCUGUCCAUGCCCCUGCCACCCGCUCCAGGCAAACCCUCAGACCAGCCCCCCGACAUAGCCUCCCCUCUCCACUGUAAUAGCAGUGGUGAUGCACUGGAUAGUCCCUGCUCUCAGGACCCAGAAACUUCAAAAACGGUGGAACCAAUUGUUUCAGAAAGCAAAGAAAAUUCAUGUGACGCAGCAGGAUCUCAGGCUGACUUCCAGAUGAUCAGUUUUCAGAAGAGCUGAGUUGAGUCCAGGACAUAAUAUGUUUUUAAUAAUACAGUAGACCUUCUGGUUACAAAGCGUUAGAGGGGAUAGUUACAGCCUAAAACCUCUGUAUGACUGUGGUUGAAUGAAAUAAGCCACAAAUGCAGCAAGGUGCAGUGUGGUAUUUUAAAAGCAUCAAAUAAUGCUUUUAAAUAAAUACAUAUUAGUGCAAUUACUUUCAAGUGCAAUUCAUUGAAAAGAACAUCAAUAUCAUUAACAAACACAUUUAAUGUUUCAUAAAUUUAAGUCCAGUGUCAUCACUGAAAUCUGCCAGAGACUCAAAGUGUACUGUCUGUCUUAAAGUGUACUCCUGCGGGCU